AUGCCGAGGCUCUCCGAAGCUGUCAAGAACGACCACGCUGUGGUAAGAAGAGCGUACCGACGCCUCGCCGCCGAGAGAGCAAAGCCAGACCAGUUCAUCUGGGCUCUCGACCGCUACCUAAUUGUUGACGAGCUCAUUGUUGUUCCAGCCUUGGAAUAUGGCGAGUCUCACGGUGGGCCAUCAUUCCGACGGCUGUCGGACGACUACGAUAGCAUCACGGCCAAGCUCCGACACAUGCAAAACUACGACCCGCAAGAUCCUAGCUUCGAGUCGGCGCUCAAGGCGAUAUGGGUUGACCUUGAACCACACUUCCGGGAAGAGAGUGAACUGGCUGCUCUUGAAGAGGCGCUCUCCCCUUCUGAGUCUGAGACUUUGGGCAAAAAGUACGAGAAUGUCAAGGAACUGCUACAAAAGCCCUAUGGGCCAGACGGUGUACCGGAUGAGCGAACAUUAUCUGCCAUUUUGGACAUGUCACUGCAGGAUUUGAUGGUCAAGCUUGGCGUAAGGUGGGAGUGA